UGAGCCCUCGGGGAGUGGUCCGACAGCGGGCGGCUGCGGUGGGCGUCUUUGGCUGGGCCGGGGCUUCGGAAGGUGCCGGGGCAGCGAUGAGAGCCAUGGAUGAAGAGAUCGUGUCUGAAAAGCAGGCUGAAGAGAGCCACCGGCAGGACAGCGCUAACCUGCUCAUCUUCAUCCUGCUGCUCACCCUCACCAUUCUGACGAUCUGGCUCUUCAAGCACCGCCGGGCCCGCUUCCUGCACGAAACCGGCCUGGCUAUGAUUUAUGGUCUUUUGGUGGGCCUUGUGCUUCGGUAUGGCAUCCAUGUUCCAAGCGAUGUGAAUAAUGUGACACUGAGUUGUGAAGUGCAGUCAAGUCCAACUACCUUGUUGGUAAACGUUAGUGGAAAAUUUUAUGAGUAUACGCUGAAAGGAGAGAUUAGCUCCCAUGAACUCAAUAACGUUCAAGAUAAUGAAAUGCUUAGAAAGGUUACUUUUGAUCCAGAAGUAUUUUUCAACAUACUGCUUCCUCCUAUCAUAUUUUAUGCAGGUUAUAGUCUGAAAAGGAGACAUUUCUUUCGGAACCUUGGGUCGAUCUUAGCGUAUGCCUUUCUUGGAACAGCAAUUUCUUGUUUUGUUAUUGGGUCCAUAAUGUAUGGCUGUGUAACCCUGAUGAAAGUGACUGGCCAGCUCGCAGGAGACUUCUACUUCACAGAUUGCUUGUUGUUUGGUGCCAUCGUAUCAGCAACAGACCCAGUGACUGUUCUUGCCAUCUUCCACGAGCUUCAGGUUGACGUGGAACUCUAUGCACUCCUUUUUGGUGAAAGUGUCCUUAAUGAUGCUGUUGCCAUAGUGCUGUCCUCCUCAAUAGUGGCAUACCAACCAGCUGGAGACAACAGUCACACCUUUGAUGUCACAGCCAUGUUCAAGUCUAUUGGGAUCUUCCUUGGGAUCUUCAGUGGAUCUUUUGCAAUGGGUGCUGCGACAGGAGUGGUGACAGCUUUAGUGACAAAAUUCACCAAAUUGCGGGAGUUCCAGUUGCUGGAGACGGGCUUGUUCUUCUUGAUGUCCUGGAGCACCUUCCUCUUGGCCGAAGCAUGGGGAUUCACAGGUGUGGUUGCGGUAUUAUUCUGCGGCAUCACCCAAGCACAUUAUACAUACAAUAAUUUAUCCACAGAAUCUCAGCAUAGAACGAAGCAGUUGUUUGAGCUUCUCAAUUUCUUGGCAGAGAAUUUCAUCUUCUCCUACAUGGGGCUGACACUGUUCACCUUCCAGAACCAUGUCUUUAACCCAACGUUUGUAGUGGGAGCAUUUAUUGCUAUUUUCUUGGGAAGAGCUGCCAAUAUUUACCCUUUGUCUCUCUUACUUAAUUUGGGUAGAAGAAGUAAGAUUGGAUCAAAUUUUCAACAUAUGAUGAUGUUUGCUGGCCUUCGUGGAGCAAUGGCAUUUGCCUUGGCCAUUCGAGAUACUGCCACUUACGCCCGACAAAUGAUGUUCAGCACCACACUUCUGAUUGUGUUUUUUACCGUGUGGGUGUUUGGUGGUGGCACUACAGCCAUGCUGUCAUGCUUGCAUAUAAGGAUGCAGUUCUGGAAAUGGAAUUGCUUAAUCCAAAAGAUACACGUGUUAUCUAAAGCUUUGGGUCACAUCACCCAGGUUGGAUCCAUCGGCAGCGUGUACUGUGCUAGACUCUGGGGAUACAGAGAUGAAUUGAGACAUGGCCUUUACCCUCAAGGAGCUCACAGUCUUUUUGGGGAGACGGACAGGGUUGGUGUUGAUUCAGACCAAGAACAUUUGGGUGUUCCUGAAAGUGAAAGGAGAACUACCAAGGCAGAAAGUGCUUGGCUCUUUCGGAUAUGGUACAACUUUGAUCAUAACUACCUGAAGCCCCUGCUGACCCAUAGUGGGCCUCCGCUCACUACCACGCUCCCAGCCUGCUGUGGGCCCAUCGCCAGGUGCCUCACCAGUCCCCAAGCAUAUGAAAACCAGGAGCAAUUGAAAGAUGAUGACUCCGAUCUUAUUCUCAAUGAUGGUGAUAUCAGUUUGACAUAUGGGGAUUCUACUGUGAACACUGAAUCCGCAACAGCCAGUGUCCCCAGGAGAUUUAUGGGCAACAGUUCUGAAGAUGCCUUGGAUCGGGAGCUUACGUUUGGGGACCACGAACUAGUCAUUCGUGGGACACGCCUGGUUCUUCCCAUGGAUGAUUCUGAACCUGCAUUAAAUUCAUUAGAUGAUACGAGACACAGCCCAGCCUAAGCUUACUUAACUCACUUAGUGGUUUGUAAAAUUUGCACAUGUGAUUGUGAAGAAAGGUGUACUACCUAAAAGUCCUAGUGCAUGUCUCUGAAUGUGUAAGCUAUAUAAAUGCUAUUUAUAUGGCAUAGAAAGAAUAUAAAUAUCCUGUCCAAGGCAGAUUGUGAACAAACUAUUCUUUUUAAGUUUUGCUGGCUGCACCAUGUGGGCUGGAUCUGUCUUAGGAAGUUACUUUCACAGUGAUGUUGUGUGUUCUGUUAGUUUUCUGUCUCCGUUAAAGUAUAAAAAGUGACAGAUUUUACCCUUUCUUAUAUUUACCUGACAGUUAACCAGAAUACCAAGUUCUUGUGAUGUGAAUUAAUUUGUGUGUAUGGCAGGGAAGGGGGAGGGAAGAGGGAGCUGUGAUUUCCUAGGGAACCCAGGGAGGAAAGGUUCCUUUGUUGGGAAACUUUUGUUGAUUGCUGCUGCCUUUGUCAUGACUUUUUUCUUUCCCUUUUCUCUGGUGGCCCUUUGUGGUGCAAGGAGCUGAUGGCAUUUUGAUCUUGCCCCAUUCAGGUUGGGGAAUGAAGUGUGGGAGCUGCUUUUUCCUCCUGUGAUGUGAAAGAACAGAUUCCUUGACCACAGUACACUGAUGUUCGGAGAAAGAAGGCUGCAAAUGACCUCCGAGACCUUACUCUUUUCUUCCGUGCCACCACCACAGGAAUCGCAUCCAGCUGGCUUACCCAAAGUACAGGUGUAUAUAGUUCAGGGCACUUGGUACAGAUUUGGAGAGCUGGAGCAGGUGGACAUGGGGCAGAGGGCGAGAAGGGAGUAAAUAGGAUGGUGGUUUUGGAGGCCUCCUUCCCGAAUAUGUAAAUAUCCUCUACCAGACAAGUUUCAGUAGGAAAUUGAAUUGCUGCUUCAUUUUUGAUCAUGUACUUUAUCUGUAUAGCAAACCUUGUCAUCAGAAGUUUUUAUAUCAAUUUCAAUGGCUGCUCUUUAGCAGCCAAACAGGAGCAAAAUGUAAAAUUUUUAAAUUCACAAUGUUUAAUGGUCACUUGUUAAUCGGUAGUUGAUGUUAAAAGUUAAUUUAUGAUCCCAUGAUUAUCCUGUACUACACCAAAGGCAGCCGUAAGAGAAAAACAGUUCUCUGGAGCGUUUCUUGUAAGGUUUCUCCUUUGUGCGCAAUGGGUGUAGUUGUUCUCAGUGUCGUUACUUUUUAAUAUUAGAUACCUGAGCUGCCAUGGUGUUUUCUUUUGCAGUUUUCAAGGACGAGCACAGAACAAUUUCCCAUUUCCUAAUCAUAGUAUGAGAGUGGAUUCUGUUUUGUAAUACUGCAAAUACCUAAAGGUGCAUUGAACACUUGGAAUGGGAAUCCUUCCCGAUGUUCAUUCUGACCUGUUCAUGAUUUAGAAGAAAAAUACAUUUUUUUGUGGAUUUUUCCCCCUUAGGUCUGAGUAGCAUUGCCUUAAAUCUAACCCAAUUAGAAAAUCAAUUUAUUUACAUAAUAUUCAAGUUUUCCACUGAAAAAUACCCUUCCAAACAAAACAUGUACUUAUUCUCUGAAGGGGUUCUGUGCUAUUACGAACACUCCUUGAGAUAUUAAGGGAACUCUGAUGUUGUACCUUUAGUGGCAGCCUUGACUAUUGGCCUAGCCAUUUGUUGUGUAGUGGUAGCGACUUUCCUGCUAUGCAGGACUCCCUCCUGUGAAGUAUACGUUUAUAUGAUGUGUGGCUCUUCGUGCAGUAAAUAAUUUCUUGUUAAUGUCUGUUUGAGGGGCUUUGAAUGUCAGCAUCAUUUACCCACAAAGUGAUUCAAGUUGUAAAAGGUUAUACAAUAAUUUAACUACUAUCUUUUUUAUUCUGUCAGGUUACUGAGCUCACUUUAUGAAAAUGGCUGUAUAUAUUUAGCAUGACAAAUUACAUAACUGGUCUCUUUCAGCAUGCAUACAUAGGACUUCUCAUUAAGGAAACCGAUGAAGCUUGAGUCCACUAAAUCUGCCUUCAGUACUCUAUCAAAGGGGAACCAAGCCUGUUGUGCUUACAUCAUCACCUGGACGAUUUUCCUAUCUAGUCUUAUGUACACAUCUGCACACAAAGAGGAGAAAACGUCUCUGCUCAGACAGCUUUUGGACUGAGACGAGACACCUGACUGAACUUUGAAGUACAGUCUGAAUUACCAUCAUGCACAAGUCAAACUACUCUUGGACCUGUUUCUCUGUCGUCCGUGGAACUUACAUGUUUGAUUGACUUGAACGUUUCAUCCUCCAGAGCUAUUUUUGAAGGUCUCCUGGCAUUUAUCCUACAUUGUGUUUGGCAGUGUGCUGUUGAAGUAAUAGACUUCUAAUCUUUAUGUACUUUUUGUUUUCCCUUGGAGGACUUGGAAAGAUGUUAUAGUGGUUUCUUUUAGGAAAAUCUGUCAUUAAAAAAAUUAUAGCCUUGCAAAUAACCACUCACCA